CAGUUCGUCCUCAACAAACCUCCCGCCCACUCAUCGCACAUGCCCGCACGUCGCGCGCAGGCGGCUCUCCUGCCCCCACAUGGCGGCCACCAACCCUUCGUCUCCAACCGAUCCAAGCUAUAAGAACACCCCGCCCCCCGUCCUCUUCCCCCCAGGCAAGCUAGCUGCAAGCAAGGGCGCGGCACCAAGUAGUCAUAGCAAGUGUGGUCAUCCUUGAUCAGGCUUGCUAGCUAAUCACACCUUGUCAGUUCUUCCUCGUCGAUCGAUCUCCGACCGACGGCAGCUAGCAAUCCAAGAAGAGUCGUGAUGGAGAUGAAGAAGGUCGCCUGCGCCGUCCUUGUGGCCGCCGCCUCGGCCACCGUGGCCCUCGCCGCCGACGCCCCGGCGCCCUCACCCACCAACGCCUCUGAAACCUCCUCGGCCGCCUUCCCGGCCAUCGGCGCGGUGAUCGGCGCCUCCUUGCUCUCCUUCUUCGCCUGCUGCCUCCAGUAACUGCUAGAGGAGGAGGAGGAGCAGGAAGCUUGGUGCUGGCUGCGGUUGUAUUCUAUUUAUGUUUUGUAUACAAGUUACCUUAAUUCGGGUUUAAUCUGGAUUAUUUGGCCAUAUCGAUUGAUCCAUUCAUUUGAUUUUGCUUUGACGUUUCUCCCCCUCUAUGUUAUUUUCCACCUGUAAAGAGGGGAGGAGCGGAGGCGCUAUUUGUUUGGGCAUGAAAGUUGGAAAUUAAUCGAUAUACCCAUUUGUUUGAAUUGU